UUCUCCCAUCACCUUCCGUAUAAAAGGCCUUCACUCAAAGAAAUCAAAAUCAUUUUCAAUUUUUUUUUUGUCUUCGAGUCUCUCGUUUUCUAAGUUUUUGAGCAUUGAAAAAAAUAUGACAAACAAUGGCGGAGAAGCAACAAGCGGGAAGAACGCUGGAUUCCCUCGCGUUGCCCUCAACGAAAGAAUCCUUUCUUCAAUGACUCGAAGAUCUGUUGCUGCUCAUCCUUGGCAUGACUUGGAGAUCGGACCUGGUGCUCCAGCAGUUUUUAACUGUGUGGUUGAAAUCGGCAAAGGUAGCAAGGUCAAGUACGAGCUCGACAAAGCCAGUGGUCUUAUAAAAGUUGAUCGUGUUCUGUACUCAUCGGUUGUUUACCCACACAACUAUGGUUUUAUCCCAAGGACUAUUUGUGAAGAUAGUGAUCCUAUGGAUGUGCUGAUACUGAUGCAGGAGCCGGUGUUACCUGGUUCUUUCCUUCGUGCUCGUGCAAUUGGGUUAAUGCCCAUGAUUGAUCAGGGUGAGAAGGAUGACAAGAUUAUUGCUGUUUGUGCUGAUGAUCCUGAGUUCCGUCAUUACACUGACAUUAAACACCUUCCCCCUCAUCGACUGGCUGAAAUCCGUCGCUUCUUUGAGGAGUAUAAAAAGAAUGAGAACAAGCACGUUGAUGUAGAAAACUUCCUGCCUGCUGAGACUGCCAUUCAAGCCAUCAAGUAUUCCAUGGAUCUAUAUGCAUCUUACAUCGUUGAAAGCUUAAGGAAGUAAUUGUCUUUGCGACUAUUCGGUGAAUUGCUGUAACAUUUUACUGAUUGGAUACAAUAUUAGGGUGGACAGACUUCUUCUAGUUGCAUGCCUCACUUUGUGAGACUUAUCAAAUGCUUCUGCUUUGAUAGUGCCUUAUAUUUGCACUUAUAUAUUGUACCUUUUAAUAACAUGUAAUGCAUUGUCUACGGCUCAUGGAAGGGAAAGAUUCCAAGUUUUAAGUUGUGUUUCCAAAUGAUUUCCUUUAUGUAAUCAAUAUAUUGGUGAAUUGUUUAUGAUA